GAGAGUAAUGAAUGGCAUGAGCAUUGCUUUACUAUUUUUGACAAGCCAUAUCAAUGCGCUACCUUGGAACAUACGCUACCUAAUAUCGGUUUGAACUUUUAUUCACAUUUAUUCACUAGGCAUAAACCAGACAAGGAGAAGAAGAAGACCGAGUUGGACUAAUUAGUCUACUACUAACUCGAAUCAAUAACCUAACUGCAAACUGACACAAGCUUCUACAUUUUCAUAUUUGUCAAUCCGAAAGGGAUCUUGCUUCUGGACAUGUGAAUCAAAGGAGUUACUGCGAACCCCUGAAAAUGAAGCUACUAGCAUCGGUUCUGUGUUGCUUGGGCUUUCUGCUCACUUCUGCGCUGUUUCGGGGGAUCUCUUCACAAGCAGUAUGCGCCGGCACAGAGAACAAGCUGAGUACUCUGUCAGACCUGGAGCAGCAGUACCGCACCCUAAGGAAGUAUUAUGAGAACUGUGAGGUGGUGAUGGGGAACCUGGAGAUCACCAGCAUCGAUCGCUCCAGAGACCUCUCCUUCCUCAGGUCUAUCCGUGAGGUGACAGGCUAUGUGCUGGUGGCUCUGAACCAGUUUGACUACCUGCCGCUGGAGAAUCUGAGGAUCAUCAGAGGAACUAAGAUGUAUGAAGACCGCUACGCUCUGGCGAUCUUCCUCAACUACCGCAGAGAUGGGAACUUUGGCCUGCGCCAGCUGGGACUGAAGAACCUCACAGAGAUCCUACAGGGUGGUGUCUAUGUCGACCAGAAUAAGUUCCUGUGCCACGCAGACACCAUCCACUGGCAAGACAUCGUCAAGAACGCCCGCGUCAGCCCUCUGGUUGUGCCAACCAAUAGCAGUGUUACAUGUCAGAAGUGUCACGUCUCCUGUAAUGGUCGCUGCUGGGGACCAAAGGAGGACCAGUGUCAGACCUUGACUAAAACAGUGUGUGCUGAGCAGUGUGACGGUCGCUGUUUCGGACCCUGGGUCAGUAACUGCUGCCAUCGCGAGUGUGCAGGAGGAUGCUCCGGACCCAAGGAUACGGACUGCUUCGCUUGCACCAACUUCAACGACAGUGGGGCGUGUGUGACCCAGUGCCCCCAGCCCCAUGUAUACAACCCCACCACCUUCCAGCUGGAAAGCAACCCCAGAGCCAAGUACACCUACGGAGCCUUCUGCGUCAAGAAGUGCCCACAUAACUUUGUGGUGGACCACAGCUCCUGUGUGAGGGCUUGUCCCAGCAACAAGAUGGAAGUAGAAAAUGACCGCAUCAAGAUGUGCAUCGCCUGCACUGAUAUCUGUCCAAAAGCCUGUGAUGGUAUAGGUACAGCCAGUCUGCAGUCAGCCCAGACUGUGGACUCCAGCAACAUAGACAAGUUCACCAACUGUACCAAGAUAAAUGGAAACCUGGUCUUCCUCAUUACUGGCAUUAAAGGGGAUGUGUACCACAACAUUGAGGCUCUGGAUCCAGAGAAACUAAAUGUGUUUCGGACUGUUAGGGAGAUUACAGGUUACCUGAACAUCCAGUCGUGGCCAGAGAACAUGACAGACCUGAGUGUCUUCUCCAAUCUGGCAACCAUAGGAGGUAGAGCACUGUACAGUGGUAUCUCUCUCCUAGUGUUGAAGCAGCGGUGGAUCUCGUCCCUCCAGCUCCAGUCCCUGAAUGAGAUCAGUGCUGGUAAUGUGUACAUCACCAAUAACAGUCAGCUGUGCUACUACAACACCGUCAACUGGACCGGCCUGUUCAGAGCCAACAACCAGAAGGUCCUCAUACGGAACAACAGAGACCCCAAAGAGUGUACUACUGAGCGGAUGGUGUGUGACCCUCUGUGUUCGGACGCUGGCUGCUGGGGGCCGGGACCAGACCAGUGCCUGGCCUGUCGCUACUUCAGCCGCGGACGCAUCUGUGUGGACACCUGCAACCUCUAUGAAGGGGAGGUGCGUGAGUAUGCCAACGGCUCGGUGUGUGUGGAGUGUGAUUCCCAGUGUGAGAGAGCAGACGAUUACUCUCUGACCUGUCAUAGCCCGGGUCCGGAUCACUGUGUGAAGUGUCUCCACUUUAAAGAUGGUCCUAACUGUGUGGAGAAGUGUCCCGACGGCCUUCAGGGGGCCAUCAGCUUCAUCUUUAAAUAUGCCGAGGCCAACAACGAGUGUCAUCCCUGUCACUCCAACUGCACGCAGGGGUGUAUUGGACCCAGACUGCAGGACUGUAUUGGCAUGAUGGACAGGACUCCCUUGAUUGCUGCCGGGGUGAUAGGGGGCCUCUUCGUCGUGGUCAUUGUGGCUCUGAGUGUAGCCGUGUCUGUCCGCAGGAAGAGCAUCAAGAAGAAGAGAGCCCUGCGACGCUUCCUCGAGACAGAGCUGGUGGAGCCCCUGACACCUAGUGGUACAGCCCCUAACCAGGCCCAGCUCCGCAUCCUCAAAGAGACUGAACUCAAGAGGGUCAAGAUACUGGGCUCGGGGGCCUUCGGCACCGUCUACAAGGGUAUCUGGGUGCCGGAGGGUGAGACAGUGAAGAUCCCGGUCGCCAUCAAGAUCCUGAACGAGGCAACAGGACCCAAGGCUAACGUGGAGUUCAUGGAUGAGGCUCUGAUCAUGGCUAGCAUGGAGCACCCCCACCUGGUCCGUCUCCUGGGGGUCUGCCUGAGCCCCACCAUCCAGCUGGUCACCCAGCUCAUGCCCCACGGCUGUCUGCUUGACUACGUCCAUGAACACAAGGACAACAUCGGCUCCCAGCUGUUGCUCAACUGGUGUGUUCAGAUCGCCAAGGGUAUGAUGUAUCUGGAAGAGCGGAGACUGGUGCACAGGGACUUGGCUGCCCGUAACGUGCUGGUCAAGUCCCCCAACCACAUCAAGAUCACUGACUUUGGUCUGGCUCGGUUGCUGGACGUCAAUGAGAAGGAGUACAACGCUGACGGGGGUAAGAUGCCAAUCAAGUGGAUGGCCUUGGAGUGUAUCCACUACAGGAAGUUUACACACCAGAGUGAUGUCUGGAGCUACGGGGUGACCAUUUGGGAAUUGAUGACAUUUGGGGGGAAGCCCUAUGAUGGCAUCCCGACCCGGGACAUCCCAGACCUGCUGGAGAAAGGAGAGCGUCUUCCCCAACCUCCCAUCUGCACCAUAGAUGUAUACAUGGUCAUGGUCAAAUGUUGGAUGAUAGAUGCAGACAGCAGGCCCAAGUUCAAGGAGCUAGCUGCAGAGUUCUGUAGGAUGGCCCGGGACCCUCAGCGUUAUCUGGUCAUCCAGGGUGAUGACCGUAUGAAGCUGCCCAGCCCCAACGACAGUAAGUUCUUCCAGAGCCUGCUGGAUGAGGAGGAGCUGGAGGAUCUGAUGGAUGCUGAGGAGUACCUGGUUCCUCACGCCUUUAAUAUCCCACCGCUGGCGUACACACCCAGGACACGUGUUGACUCCAACAGGAACCAGUUUUUGUACCAAGACCCUAGUUUUGGCAUGGAAGACAUGUUGGGUACCAUGGGGACCAUCCCACGGGUGCUGUCCCUGUCUGCAGUCCCAGGGUGCAGGCCCCCAGGGGACCCGUCUGUAGGGGGGCAAGGCGGCAGCGGCCAAGAGGAUAAACGUUUCGAGGACCAGCGCUGUAACGGCACCCUGAGGAAGCAGGCCUCACCCCGGCCCGCGGGACCUCCAGGACAAGGCGGAGCCCCAGCCUCAGGUCCAGGGGAGGACAGCAGUGGACAGCGCUACAGUGCAGACCCCACCAUCAUGCUGGGGGAGAGAGGAGCUAGAGGAGACACAGACCAGGAUGGAUACCUGACCGCCAUGAGGGAGAAGGCCUCCUCAGACUAUCUCAACCCUGUGGAGGAGAACCCGUUCGUGACGCGCCGGAGGAACGGAGACACCCUGACCCUGGACAGCUGUAACCCCUACCAGGUGGCCCCCAUAUGUCCCCAGCAGGCCGGCUCCGGCCCCAGAGUGGAUGACGAAUACGUCAACGAGCCCCUCUACCUCAACACCUUCCACAACCCCGGAGGACCAGGGCCAGGAGAGGGAGACUACACCGAUUAUACCCUGAAAAAGAACGGAGUCCCUGGGGGACACAACCCUAUCCUCGCCACCCUUACCAGCCAACCAGGCACCACUGGCGUCACUGCUGGCCAAUCAGGCACCACCCAGGCAGGGAACCCCUCCCACAGCGUCCAGGCAGCCAACGCCCACGCUGUCUCCGCACCUCCGGGGCUCGGCGCAGCCGGCCCUCACCCAGGGCACAUCCUGCACCCAGGUCACCCUUCCCACCCCGGGUACACCCUCCACCCCGGUCUCACAGGCACCAUCAUGGUGGACAAGAAGACCAGACAAGACAAGAACAAGACAUUUGACAAUCCAGAGUACUGGCAGCAUAGCCUCCCUCCCAAAGCCACCCUGCACAACCCCGAGUACCUGCAGGACUGCAGCACGCGCUUCUUCUACAGGCAGAACGGACGUAUCCGGCCCGCUGUGGCCGAGAACCAGGAGUACCUGACGGAGUUCGCCCUGAAACCCGGGACCGUGCUACCGCCCCCGCCCUACAGACAGAGGAACACUGUGGUGUAACGUGGAGUAGUGAGGAGGACUGGGUGAGAAGAGGAGGAAGACAAGGGGAGGAGUGAGGAGGAUGUACGGAGGAAGAAGGGCAAGAUCGUGGGAGAAUGGGAGGAGGA